AUGGCACUUGAAAAGGAGGUCCCCCCUUUAUCUCUUAAGGAUCAUGAAAAGGGCACCAUCGAGAACCUCGAACUAGACCGUCUAGGCUACAAACAAGAACUACGCCGCAACCGUUCAGUCCUAACCCUCCUCUUCCAAACCCUUGCUAUAGCAGCAAUCCCUUACGGCGAAGGCUCUCCUCUCCUCUCCGCUAUCUACGGCGGCGGUCCCCUCUCAAUCUUCGUUGGCUGGAUAGUCGUCUGUCUCUUUGAUCAAUGCAUCGCCUUCUCCCUCGCUGAACUAGCCUCCCGCUACCCAACCUCUGCAGGCCCCUACUACUGGACCUUCCAAAUCUCCCAGGGCAACAGAACAACCCUCUCCUUCAUCAACGCCUGGAUCUGGCUAAUCGGAAACUGGACCAUAACCCUCUCCGUAAACUUCGGCUUCGCCUCCCUGGUCUCAGCAACAGUCUCAAUCUACCACCCAGACUGGUCAGCAUCCAGCUGGCAACUCCUCCUAAUCUUCUACGCAGUCUGCCUCUCCUCUCUAGCAAUCUGCAUUUUCGCAAACAACCAUCUCCCCUUAAUCGACACCCUCUGCGCAACAUGGACCGUCCUCACAAUAAUAAUCAUUCUAAUCGCAAUCUCCAUCAAAGCAGACGUGGGCCGCCACUCGCCAUCAUACACCCUAUCCCACUACGACAAAUCCUUCGCUGGCUGGGGUGACUUCACCUUCUUCAUUGGUCUCCUCCCACCUGCAUACACCUUCUCCGCAAUAGGAAUGAUCUCCUCCAUGGCCGAAGAAUGCACAAACCCAGCAAUUAAAGUCCCCCGCGCAAUAGCACUCUCCGUCCCUGUCGGCGGAAUAGCGGGUCUAUUCUUCAUCAUCCCCAUUUGCGCAACACUGCCCCCACUACAAGAUAUCAUAAACGCUCCGGGAGGCCAAGCCCUCCCAUACAUCCUGGCUCGCGUAAUGGGUUCCCCCGCCGGUGGUCUAGGUCUCAUCUCCCUCGUCCUGGUUAUAACAAUCUUCUGCUCGAUUAGUAUAACAGUCGCUGCUUCGCGCGCUACCUGGGCCGUGGCCCGUGAUGACGCCAUACCGCUGGCGAAAGUGUGGGCACGCGUCGACAAGCGCUGGGGCGUGCCUAUUUGGGCGUUGGUUCUGUUGACGGUGAUUCAGAUGUUGUUGGGGUUGAUUAAUCUCGGGAGUACGAGUGCGUUUACCGCGUUUGUUUCUGUUGGGGUUAUUGCGCUCGCGGCGGCUUAUUCUAUUCCCAUCUUUUUGAGUCUGUGGCAUGGUCGUAUGGAGGUUGCUAAGGCGCCGUGGAAUUGUGGCGGCAUUCUUGGCAGGUUUGUUAAUGUUGUUGCGUUGGCUUGGAUUGCGUUUGAGUUGGUGCUUUUUAGUAUGCCGACUGCUUUGCCGGUUACGGCUGUGUCGAUGAAUUAUGCUUCGGUUGUCUUUGUUGGGUUCAUGGCUAUCUCUGCGGUUUGGUUUGUGGUUUACGCCAGGAAAUAUUAUAAGGGUCCGCCUGAGUCGGAUGCUCUUAAUUGA